UACAGUCACAGUGUUCAACAUCCCAUUCACUGUUCUCAGACAACCAACCUGGACAAACACCUGUGAAACAGAGAAGCAUCUUAACAGACCUGUUCACUUUCAUCGCAGAAAUCUUUCUUGUAGUUAUAGAUAGACAAAGUCAAGGAGAACCAGGACAGGUUGACCAUGGUGGCGCAGGGGACUAAAGAGUUUUAUGUGGAGAGAGACGUUCUGGAUGAGCCUUGUCUGGACACGAGAGCCCGGAAGAGGACACACUCUAACAAACCCCCCCUGAGACAACGGUUAAAAGAUUCCAUGAGGAUGAAUGCCCCUGUGGUCCCUGAUUUGAGUCUCUUCCCAGACUUAAUAGGCGAUGCGUUUGCCAUAGCUGUCAUUGGCUAUGCCAUUGUCAUUUCCUUGGGCAAAACCUUUGGCCUCAAACAUGGCUACAAGGUAGACAGUAACCAGGAAUUGGUGGCUUUGGGUGUCAGUAACUCAGUCGGUGGGUUCUUCCAAUGCUACGCUGUGACCUCCUCCAUGUCCCGCAGUAUGGUCCAGGAGAGCACAGGGGGAAAGACACAGGUAAGACACACACAGACACAUACACUCUUACAUUACAUUUACAUGUAUUCAUUUAGCAGACGCUUUUAUUCAAAGCGACUUCCAAGAGAAAGCUUUACAAAAGUGCAUAGGUCAAUGAUCAUAAACAAGCAAGCAACAAUAAUAUAAGUCACAGCAAGUACAAUAAGUUAAAUCUGUGCAACAAGUCCCUCAAUAAGUGUCAUUGUGUUCCUGGAGGAAAUGAACUAACAUCUGAUCCAGCAAAUCUUUCUGAAGUACCGUUGUACUCCCGAAACAAGUGCGUCUUUAGCCUUUUCUUGAAGGUGGGGAGACAGUCAAGGCCUCAUGUACGUACAUUUGCAAACGUAGCGUUAUACGCGCCAUGGGAAUGUCCCUGUACUUACUGUAAGUCGCUCUGGAUAAGAGCGUCUGCUAAAUGUAAAUGUAUGGCCAACACGCAGAAAGCGCACGCUGUGAUACUUCAGUUUACGUCGUAUUUACGAAACCUGCAGGUCAUCGGGUAAUCAGCGACUUUCUCCGCCCACUAUACCGUACAUUGCGAGCAUUUAAACGCGCAAUUGAAUGGGCCUCCUUCUCUCUUUCCAUCAUGGAUCAGCCACCAAAGUCAAAACAGUGAUGACUGUUUGAAUGAUCCUGAUGCCAAUAUUUGUAAUGAGUUUAACAACUGCUGGAAUGGAUUGUGAACACUGAGUCGGAGAUUCGAUGUAAUCUUUGAUUUCUUCCAGUAACUGUAAUAUUGCAUGGCUGCUUAAUCUGUAACGCGUAAUGAUUUUAUGUUCACUCAACUCAAAAAGUGUGAACCUUGUGGCAAAAAUCCUUUGGCCUAUGUCUUCGUCUUGCUCGGGUUACGGCUGCCAUUUCACCAGGAGGCAUAUGCGCAUCCUGGUUUACGCCUGCUUUUAACAGGCGGAGAAUUUUCACCGCAAAAUAGAGGUGCGCUUUCACAGGUUUUUGUACAUACCGCAGAAUACAUAAAUAGGCGCACUUUACGCAUCCCCUCCCAUCUCUUUAUGGGAAACUCCCACUUUCACCUAGACCCUCCCGUAAAUGCAUAUGCAUGACACGGAAAAGCGCAAUUUGCCAUUUUCAGUUCCCGCAACCAGCGCAGUCUGCGCUUUUACCUCAGUGCGGCAUGUUUGUACAUACCUCGCCAUGCUUUUACGCGCAAAUUGCAAAACAAAUGAAGUGGGCGCAAAAGCGUUAGUACAUGAGGCCCUCAGUGUCUCUGAUGGAGGUGGGGAGUUGAUUCCACCAUUGGGGGGCCAGACAGGAGAAGAGCUUGGGUUGGGAGCGGGCGCUCUUGAGAGGUGGGACUACCAGAUGGUUGUCAGAAGAAGACCGAAGGUGCCGGGUGGGGGUGUAAGGCUGGAGGAGAGACUGGAUGUAGUCUGGUGCAGUCCCGUUCACUGCUCGGAAGGUCAGUACCAGGGUCUUGAAUCUGAUACGGGCCGUGAUGGGUAGCCAGUGGCAUGCUGGGAGACCGCAUGCUGGGAGACCGGCGAGAAGCGAGUUGCAGUAGUCCAACUUGGAGAGGACAAGUGCUUGGACUAGCAACUAG